UGGACAUCUUUCGGCCUCUGGUGGUCGCAAGUCACACAGGAAGAGGCAGUGGACGACGAAAAGUUACGUUUCCAACGCAAAAUACACAUAGCUUUCUGUCGAGUGCACUUGGUGGUUAUUGAACAUAUUUAAUGAUCAUCUGCACAUUAAGAAGAAUGAUUUAGUCCUGCUUUUAUAUCUGCUGUCAAACGUCGCGCGCUUGAAAAUUUUGUCUCCACUUCCGCGUACAAUGUUUUUUUCCAACGACAUACGACAACUUUAGAACAGGAAGCCUUCAGAGGCGCUUGUCACCUCGUCUCACCUUUAGAAGGACCUCAGAUUACCAGUGUUGGUGCAAACUACGACAGCAUGGAUUAUGAAGACGCCCAAAACGGGCGCGGGCCGUCAGGUGCUCAGAGUUCGAAUCCAGCCAUGAAUAUAAUCGGAGCAGAGGAUGAAGACUUUGAGAAUGAUGAGCAACCUAUGGUGGAUGAUCAGUGCAGUCACUUUAACAGUAUUGAACUGUUGAAGUCCAGGCCCACCCACCUGCUGGUCUUCGUUCAUCAUGUCAUGUUACAGUUUGACUGUGCUCCUGUGCUAUGUUACCUUCAUGCUGACCUCUUCAAGAACUUCAGUGCCAAAGACACAAAGAAGCACUUUGGGGAAUUCUACAACACUUUCCUUGAAAAAGGAGCGAUUCUCAAAGUAUCAGUGCCAAAUAACUUAGCAUCUGAACUGGAUCGCUUGCGUCCAGAAAUUUGCAGCGAAGACCAACAAAGACGUUAUGUUAAUGAAGUGAAGUUCACGCAGAGUCCAGAGAUACACCGGCAGCUGGAAGACUAUAGGCAGAAGAGGAUGAUGGGAAUGACUCCCAAUGAGCAUGAACUAAGUGACGUGGAAUCCCAUCGUCCCACCGACCGCAUCCCAAUGGAGAUGAAGGAGAAGGCUGUAGCUGAAUCCUUGUUGGAAAAGAUGGUUGAUGCCAACCCUUCAAUUGUUGCCGACAAGGACAAAGGUAACUCCAUCUUUGGAGCAGUGGCCUUCUAUAUGAAGCACCUUGGCGUCAAGACAAGAGCACUUGACAACAAGAAGGCUAAGUCAGGAUGGCGACCCUCUGUCCCCUCUGUGUUGAAGCCAUGGGGAACCAGCAAACCCACCAGAAACCUAGGGAAACUAUCUACAUUCUCCCAUGAUGGUAAGCAAACUAGAUUGGACUUUGAAGUAAAGCCAAUCAAACCAGUUGUCCCACCUCAUCGACCGUCCAUAAGUGAUGGCAACACCACUCCAGGGCGAAAAGCUGGUGUGGCAGGGUCAGGUAGCACCCAUGGCUCGGAGAGCAGUGAAGAGUUGACCAUCAGCGUCAGUGUGACUCCCAGCCCCGACUCUCAAAGUGACACGGGUGUCAAUAACAAUCGGUCAGACCCCAAACCAGUCUCAGAGGGGGGUGAUGCAUCUCCUGUCAGCAUUGGUGGGGGUCUCACCAUCUGUGAACCUCUCUCUGUCAUUGACAUCCCUCCAGAGGACAGUCAGGACAGUGGCAGAAGGAAGACAAGGAACGUGCGGCGUAGCGAGAGUCUAUGUGUGGAGCGCCGUCACUCUCGCCGUGGUGGCUCUACCCGGGCCAAGCAGUCUCGCUCCCGUAGCGACGUGGACCUGCAGUCAACUUCCACUUCCCAUCCCCUCUCACCCUCCCCACAGCAUUCAGUCCCUGUGGAAGGUGGAUUGUUGACCGAUGGCCCCUUCACUGGUCCUGCUUUUGGCCCCUUCCCUCAGCAGGAGGAAAUGGAGCCCCGCCUCCUAGAGCUCGAGCUGGACCCGCCCAACUGGAGGGAACUUGCUCCCAGUGAGAACCUGAAAAAACUGAGCAAGAAGGAAAUCAAAAGACAAGAGGUCAUCAAUGAGCUGUUUGCGACAGAGCACGCUCAUGUUCGUAUGCUGAGCGUAUUGCAAACUGUGUUUUCUCGACCACUGGAGAGGGAAGAGAUUAUGAGCAUAACUGAGCUGGCCACCAUCUUCCCCAGCCUGGAUGAGAUCAUAGAGAUGCACUAUGCUUUUUAUGAGAACCUGAAAAAACUGCGUGAGGAAGAUGAUUACAUUGUCAAAAUCAUAAGCACGCCACUUCUCAACAGGUUCAGUGGAUCAGAAGGAGAAUGGUUUCAGAAGCUUACCGCACGCUUCUGUAGCUACCAGACCUGGGCUCUGGAGCUGAUAAAGAGCAGACAGAAGAAGGACCCUCGUUUUAAUCUUUUCAUACUGGACGCAGAGAGUAAGCCACAGUGUCGGAGGCUACAGCUGAAGGAUAUCAUUCCCAUAGAGAUGCAAAGACUAACCAAGUACCCUCUUCUGCUGGCCAAUAUUGCAAAGGACACAGUGGAUGAAGCAGAAAAAGAGAACAUUAACCAAGCAGCUGAAUCCUGCCGCAAGGUCCUUAACCACGUCAAUGAAGAAGUCAAACUCAUGGAGAACCUGCUGAUUUUGAAAGACUACCAGCGCCGACUGGACACCUCAGGAUUGAAACCCAGUAAUGACCUUUACAGUGAGUACAAGAACAUUGAUCUGACCACCAGAAAGAUGCUGUAUGAAGGAUCUCUGACAUGGAGGGUGACCAAGGAGAAAGCGAUUGAUGUGCACUGUGUGUUGCUGUCAGACCUGCUGGUCUUGCUUCAGAAGCAGGAUGAUAAGAUGGUUUUGAAAUGUCAGAGCAAAAGCAACAUCGCUGCUCAAGAAGGCAAACUGAUGCUGAGUCCAAUCAUCAAACUGGAGUCUGUUUUCCUCAGAGAAGUGGCCACUGACCCGAAGGCCCUCUAUGUCAUCUUCACCUGGGAUAGCGGAGCACAGAUCUAUGAACUAGUGGCUCAGACCGUAGGGGAGAGGAAAAAUUGGACAGAGGCGAUCAAAAAUACUGUUGACGAGUUGAAGAAGAGGGGUGGGAAACCGCUGGAUAGACAUAGAGGUGGCAGCACACCCAACAGCGCCAUUGGACCUGCAUAUAACUCUUUUAAUCCUCCUCUUAGCCCCACUGAGAACGGAGGAGACCUGUUGAAAAGUCGCAGUAUUGGGCGAUUUAAAGACGGUCUUACUGAUGAAAAGGGUAGAGAAACUGAUCCUCCACUCAUAGACUACCUAGCGGCCAAUGGCUUUGACCUGCUCACCCACAGCCACACCCCUCCAGAGAAGUCCGCUAAUGGUGCUUUGGAAGAAGUCAUGUAUUUGAAGAGGCUACUGGUUGGGAGUAUUAGCCUGUCAGAUGAUUCUCAGACUCUUGGGGAAAAUGGAGGGACGGCACCUGAAAGCCAGGAGGCAGAUGGAGUUCAGUCGUCAGUGGAGGAAUCCAGCACAGAAGGAAGAACUGAAGGAGAAGAGGCUGGGGGAGAUGGAGGGAAUAAAGGAGAAGGGGAAAGAGGGAUCAGCGCUCCUCUUGUGCUUUCUCAGGAACGCAUGGAGGAGGUGCAGAGGAGACUGCAGGCUCUCGAGGAGCAUCUGAAGAGACUGCAGGCUGUUGAGGAGGACCAUUAUAAGUUGCAAGAAGCUCUUGCUAAAUAUUCACUUCAGGCUGGCCAUUUCCACUGAGAAACAUCACAACAUGCUGUUAAAAGAUCACUGUAUGUGCUGGACUUGGGACUUGCUUCCUGGGAACUCGCUGAUUGACUAAUGCUGCCUGAAUGUUCCUGCUCUAUCUCAUCUCUCUUCUCAACUGUUCUUUCAGAAGAUUGACAGCAGGCCUCCAGCAGUUUCCAUACCACUGAGAAAUGAAAUGAAGUGGGUGUUGAGAAAUUAUAGUGAUCAUUGAGCAUGAAUGAGUGUGUAUGUGUUUCUGUUGAGAGGUGUGAGAGAAAGUCUUUCCAAAAAAUGCCAAAGAAAUGUGCAACACCUAGAGAGAUAUCAGAGCGAAACGCUAAGUGUGCAUGUGGAAGCAUUAUAACAUGCACGCACACACAAAGAUUAACCUGUCUAAGCAUGUCAAAAGUAAUUUAGUACCAAAAGGCUAUCUAUAUUCAUAGGAAAGUAUAGUGAAUGCAGUCUGAUGCAUAUGAAGCCUAAUGCUCAGACUGUAGUUCAGUCAGGUUUUCAAAGUUAAUUUAAACAGAUAAUGUGCCCUUUCAUAUUUCUUUUUGCCAUUUUUUUAAAGAUCAUGUUCGCUCAUCUUAAUAUUUAUUACCAUACACCAUUACAUGCAUUUUAAAAAAAAUUACAGAUAUUGAAAUGGAUAAAUGCAGA